AUCAUACAUCCUCAUCGUCACCUCCAUAAAUAUCCGUUCAAAAUCACACCCUUGCUCUAUCUAUCCACCACUUCCUCUUUCAUCGUUUCCAUCGCCUCUUACAUCUUUCAAAUCUCGUUUCUCUCUUCAGAUCAUCAGAAAUGGCGAAAGAUCCAGUUCGUGUUCUUGUUACCGGUGCCGCAGGACAAAUCGGAUAUGCUCUUGUACCCAUGAUUGCUAGAGGAAUCAUGUUGGGUCCUGACCAGCCCGUGAUCUUGCACAUGCUCGACAUUCCACCAGCUGCUGAGGCUUUGAAUGGAGUUAAGAUGGAGUUGGUUGAUGCUGCAUUUCCUCUUCUUAAAGGAGUUGUUGCCACCACCGAUGCCGUUGAGGCAUGCACGGGUGUGAAUGUAGCCGUCAUGGUGGGUGGAUUCCCCAGGAAAGAAGGAAUGGAAAGAAAAGACGUGAUGUCCAAGAACGUCUCGAUUUACAAGUCUCAAGCUUCUGCUCUUGAGAAGCACGCUGCUGCAAACUGCAAGGUUUUGGUUGUAGCUAAUCCGGCUAACACCAAUGCGUUGAUCUUGAAGGAGUUUGCACCAUCCAUCCCAGAGAAGAACAUUACUUGUUUAACAAGGCUAGACCACAACAGGGCUCUUGGACAGAUCUCAGAGAAACUUAACGUUCAAGUCUCUGACGUCAAAAAUGUGAUUAUCUGGGGUAACCACUCAUCUACUCAGUACCCUGAUGUUACCCAUGCAACUGUCACCACCCCAGCUGGUGAGAAGAGUGUCCCAGAGCUCGUAAAUGAUGAUGAAUGGUUGAAAUCUGGAUUCAUUUCCACUGUUCAACAGCGUGGUGCUGCUAUCAUCAAGGCUAGGAAGCUCUCUAGUGCUCUCUCUGCUGCAAGUUCUGCUUGUGACCACAUUCGUGAUUGGGUCUGUGGAACACCAGAGGGAACUUGGGUUUCAAUGGGUGUGUACUCUGAUGGCUCAUACAAUGUUCCAGCCGGGCUUAUUUACUCCUUCCCAGUCACUUGCCGCAAUGGAGAAUGGACAAUAGUUCAAGGUCUUUCCAUCGAUGAGUUCUCAAGGAAGAAGCUAGACUUGACCGCUGAAGAGCUAACUGAGGAAAAGGCUCUUGCAUACUCAUGCCUCACAUAAACUAUGACCGUGAUGUACUUGUGCGAGCAGCUACCGUUUCUCCAAAAUAAAACCAUUGUUGAUUUCUUGUGAAGUUAAUGAUGGGGAGCUGUUUGUGGUUAGAUCUUUUGACUCUGUUUUAUCAGAGGGAUUUAAAUUUUUGAACACUUGUUGUCAUAGGCAGAGUUGCCACUUUCACCAUAGUAUUCUUCUUCAGUUUGAUUGGAUAAACAUGGUUUGGUUUACUUUUUACUAUGGUCAAGGCAGGAACAAAAAUUACUUCUAUUAGUUGUAUAAUUGUUCACUA